CCGGCUGAGACUGAGACUGCGCCCGUUCCCACUGUCCCUGCCGGCAGCGAGACUGUCCCCGUCCCUACCGUUCCCGCUGGAACCGAGACUGUCCCUGUCCCUACCGGCCCCGCUAGCGGCGAGACUUCUCCUGCCUACCCUCUUCCUCCUGCUGAGACUUCCGGCAGCGAGCUCCCUGGCACUACCGGCCCUGUUGCCACCGAGACUGGCGUUGUCCCUACUGGCCCCGCCGUGACCGAGACUGGU